AUGCGCGGCGUGCAGAUCUUUUCAGGGACAUCCCACCCGACCUUGACAGACUCCAUCUGCGAGCGUCUGGGAGCUGUCCCCGCACCUGCUGAGCUCAGGAAAUUCAGCAAUGGCGAGACCCUGGUCAACAUUGGCAUCUCUGUUCGGAACCAGGAUGUCUAUAUUGUCCAGAGUGGAAGCAGCAAGAUCAAUGAUAGUCUGAUGGAGCUCUUGAUCAUGAUCUCUGCCUGCAAAGGUGGAUCAGCGAAGACCAUUACUGCUGUCAUGCCUUACUUUCCCUAUUCCCGGCAGUCAAAGAAAAAAAGCCACCGAGGUGCUAUCACUGCUCGAAUGAUUGCAAACCUGCUUACCAUCGCUGGUGUUGAUCAUGUGAUUACUCUAGACUUACAUGCAUCGCAAAUGCAAGGCUUUUUUGCUAAACCCGUCGACAAUCUAUUCGCAGAACCCUUGAUUGCCCGCUGGAUUCGAAUGAACGUGCCCAGCUGGAAAACUGCCGUCGUCGUUAGCAAGAAUGCAGGCGGUACAAAACGAGUGACCUCGCUUGCGGAUACCUUGAAGCUCAACUUUAGCAUUGUCACAACAGACCGUCGCAGGCCUAAGGUCAAUACAUCCAUGACUGAUAGCGUAGUGUUCUUUGAUACUAUCGAAAGAGGAAAUCUUUCAAAUGCUGGAACAGUGGAACGGCCUGCUGAUGAUCAAGCCCAAGAAGAGACCGCCGUGGAUGAUUAUUUGGUCUCAAAAUCGUACGAUACUCUGAGACCAGAGACACCUCCUGCUGCUCGAAGACCUUCUGAAUUAGAAGCCGCAGAAUACACAAUUGAUGAAAAAGCUCGUGAAGUGAUCACAGGCCGCAUUGUCCAAGGACAUCUUGUCGACGAUGAUUACCUUGUUAGCGAUUCACAAGAUGCCACUCCUGUUCCGCCAGCCAGUUCAGAAAAUGACGAUGGUACGAUGAAUGAUCCAAUGGCUUCUUCUCUGAUCUCGAUUCUUUCAUCGCAUGAAGAUCAUGCUCUUGGGGGCACGUAUGAUGCUGCAGAGUCGGAUGACGAUGAUACACCCGCACGGUCCAGUGAUCCGGGUGAAAGAACGAUUACACUAGUAGGGGAUGUUAAGGAUAAGCCCGUUUUCAUUGUUGAUGAUAUGAUUGACCGAAGCGGCUCGUGGAUUGCUGCGGCGGAAACAGUUGUCAGGAGGGGCGGUGCAAAAACAGUGUACUGUAUUGCUACACACGGGCUCUUUGGCGAGAAUUGUUUGGAAGACUUGGAGAAUUGUGACGUGAUUGAUCAUAUUGUCGUCACUAAUUCUUUCCCCAUUCCUCCUGAGAAGAUGCGUCUGUCGAAGAAGUUGACCGUUAUCGAUGUGUCUACGCUAAUGUCAGAGAGCAUCCGACGUCACCAUUACGGUGAAAGGUGUCACAAGAUACUAGCACACGGCUCCAUGGCUUUAUGA